AUGGAGACAUUAAAGGGGAAACAAGCCGCUUUUGAAAUAGGGGUUGUUAUUCAUAAGAGGGUAGUAGACGAUAUUGGGGACAGCUAUGGUUAUGAUUGUGAUGAAGUUCUUGUUUAUGAAUUUCAAAAAGUUGGUCUAAUUGUCGAUAGAGUUGCUGGCCUUCACGAUGAAUUCCUCAAGUUAGCAGCGCCGGUGGAGGUUUUAGGUCAGGCAGCCGCUGAGUUACAUUUGAAGAAGAGAACUCAUAUAGGUGUGGAUUUACAAUUCGAAUGGGAUGAAUCCGAGGCUUUUAUCAAACAAUCAGAUGGUUCGCUAUUCAGUUGGUGUGAGCGUUUUCGUUGCUACAAUCACAUGAUAUAUGGAAUCGUAAACAAUGGCGAAUCUGCUGUAGUUUUAAAAUUUAAUGGCAGAAAAUUUAACUGGGAGCCUGGUGAAUCUCUUAUGUGGAAAUUGGAGACAGAAGCCAUUGUUAAAGAAGUCUUUCCUCUUCAUGAUGAAACAAAAAGAAAACAGCUUUUGAAACGUUGGGCACUAAACUUAUGGGACCUUACAAAUCAACCUAUCGAUGAGAUCUAUGCCUACUAUGGAACAAAGAUUGCAACAUAUUUUGCUUUUCUUGGAAUGUACACAAAAUGGUUGCUAUUCCCUGCAGUGUUUGGGCUUAUAUUGCAAUUGGUUGAUUUUGGAUCAUUGCAGUUAUUUGUGCUUCCCUUUUUCUUUAUAUGCAUAAUUUCAUGGGCAGUUUUAUUUUUCCAAUUCUGGAAGCGAAAAAACUCUACCCUUUUAGCCAGGUGGCAGAUUAGUUAUUCAGCUGGAUCAGAGUCUGCUUACAAAUACAUGGACACAGAGUGGAGUUCCUUUCAUUCAUCAGCAGCUUCAGCUAAAAAAUGGGGGGAGAAUAAAGGAAAAGAAAAUGAAAAAUUUCAAAGAGAAGAAUGGUUUGGGAGAAUGAUGAGAUUUAGAAAUGAUGCAAUUAUUAUUCUCAGUAUCAUAUGCCUUCAACUUCCAUUUGAAUUAGCAUAUGCUCAUUUGUAUGAAAGCAUCGGAUCUGAUGUUGUAAAGUUUGGGUUGACUGCAGGGUACCUGUUUGCUAUCCAGUAUUUUACACAAAUUGGAGGGAAAGUGUCUGUGAAAUUAAUUAAAGAUGAAAAGAACAAGUGUUCUGAAUAUAGAGCUAAUAGUUUGGUUUAUAAGGUUUUUGGUCUCUACUUUAUGCAAUCAUACAUUGGAAUACUUUAUCAUGCAGUUCUACAUCGAAACUUCAUGACACUUCGACAAGUUAUAAUUCAACGUUUAAUCAUAUCAGAGGUGCUGGAGAAUCUGAUGGAAAAUUCUCUGCCUUAUGUCAAAUACAGUUAUAGAAAAUACAGAGCUAUUCGCCACAAGAGAAAACGGGAGAAAGGAUAUGCAGGUGGAAAACAUAUUUUCAAUUCAAGAAUAGAAAAAGAGUACUUUAAGCCUGUAUAUGCUGCAAGUAUUGGUGAUGAACUUGAAGAUGGGCUCUUUGAUGAUUUUCUGGAGUUGGCUUUGCAAUUUGGAAUGAUUAUGAUGUUUGCUUGUGCUUUUCCUCCUGCAUUUGCUUUUGCUGCAUUGAACAAUAUUACAGAAAUCAGAGCAGAUGCUUUAAAGAUUCUUGUCAUGUUUAGAAGACCAGUUCCACGAGUUGAUGCCACAAUAGGCGCUUGGCUUAACAUAUUUCAGUUUCUGAUAGUGGUAUCGAUAUGCACAAAUUGUGCGCUGUUAGUAUGUUUAUAUGAUAGGGAAGGAAAAUGGAACAUCUCUCCAGGACUUGCAGCCAUUCUAAUAAUGGAACAUGUCCUUCUCCUUAUAAAGUUUGGUUUUUCAAGGAUUGUACCCGAGGAACCGGAUUGGGUGAAAGCAAACCGAAUGAAGAACGCGACUCACGCACAAAACAUGUGUUCUAAGCAACUUUUGAGAAAUAUUUCUGGUGGUAGAGGGAUGUUGGUGAAAGCUAAUUGUAAUUGAUUUGUUUGAUGCUAGAAAAAGAAUUUAUGUAUAUAAUUAUUAUACACCCAUUUUGGAUUA